AUGUUCAACUUGCAUGAGCUCACAGCUGCAGAAAAUUGGGAUUACGGCGACAAUCGAUGGAUUGAGCGUCUUCUUACUGAAUCCUCAUCUCCGAAUGGCUCUGAGCCAUUCACAAAGGAGCCAAACGCUGAAAAUCGUUUCCUUUCUCAUACUGGACCUAAUUCUCUGGCGGACCGCUAUUUCACCACACGAUAUUUCGUGGAUACCCUUGGAGAAGGCAGUGGUGAGGACGUGUGCGUGAUGCAGCACUCAAACCGCAUCUGCGUAGUGGGCCUAGCCCCAGGUCACCACCUCUUCCGUGGCUGUGAGAAAUCACUGACACAAGACGCAGCCGAAAGAACGAAUCACAGCAUUCUUGGCGUUGAUUUUCAGCUAUCCAGCUCCUUCAACCUCCUCAAUAGUAGGAUUAGCGGCCGUCGGAAACGUGGUAGUCAUAGGUUGCACCAUGGAAGUGAUAAACAAUGUAUUGGCUAUGCCAUCUGCGAUCGUGGUGAACGCCAUGCAUUACAGAUUGGUGGAGGCUUGCCUGGACGUCUCUAUGAGUCAAACUCAAGGUUGUCUAUUUUAGCACCCGCAGAGGAUCGUGUCCCCUUUGCGCCUAUUGGAAUUACAGGCAACAAUGAAGCCUAUCUGGCCAUCAUCAUGCCGUCGCGAACAUUGACUAGGAAUGAACAUGAUAGUGACUGUGAGGGUGUCUCUGGAUCGUUUCUAACCACGCAAGGCAUUCUAACUGGUGGUUUGACUUGGGAAGAAUACCGAACUCUGAGGAAAUUGUAA